CGGGAGGCGGGGCCGAGCCGGAGCUGGAGCUAGAGCCCGAGCCGGCGGCUGCAGUAGAGGCGGUGAUGUCGGUGCAGGUCGUGUCGGCAGCGGCCGCCGCGAAGGUACCUGAGGUGGAGCUGAAGGAUCUGAGUCCCUCCGAGGCGGCGCCGCAGCUGGGACUGAGCCCCGCGGCCGUGAGCGCCAUGGCCCCCGCGGCGGGCGGCGGCGACCCCGAGGCUCCGGCUCCGGCUCCGGCUCCGGCUCCGGCGGCAGAGCGGCCCCCGGCCCCCGGCCCCGGCUCGGGGCCCGCCGCCGCGCUCAGCGCCGCUGCGGGGAAAGUGCCCCAGGCGUCGGCGAUGAAGCGGAGCGACCCUCACCACCAGCACCAGCGGCUCCGCGACGGCGGCGAGGCCCUGGUCAGCCCCGACGGCACGGUCACCGAGGCGCCGCGCACCGUCAAGAAGCAGAUCCAGUUUGCAGACCAGAAGCAAGAAUUCAAUAAACGCCCUACCAAGAUUGGACGUCGCUCUCUGUCACGGUCCAUUUCGCAGUCAUCUACUGACAGCUACAGUUCAGCGGCUUCAUAUACAGAUAGCUCUGAUGAUGAGACUUCUCCCAGGGACAAGCAGCAAAAGAACUCCAAGGGAAGCAGUGACUUCUGUGUCAAGAAUAUCAAACAGGCAGAGUUUGGACGAAGGGAAAUUGAAAUUGCUGAACAAGAAAUGCCUGCCCUGAUGGCUCUGAGGAAGAGGGCCCAAGGAGAAAAGCCACUGGCUGGAGCCAAAAUUGUGGGUUGCACACACAUCACUGCUCAGACUGCUGUGCUCAUGGAGACGCUGGGUGCCCUGGGGGCACAGUGCCGCUGGGCCGCCUGCAACAUCUACUCCACACUCAAUGAGGUGGCUGCAGCCCUGGCAGAGAGUGGAUUUCCUGUCUUUGCCUGGAAAGGAGAGUCAGAAGAUGACUUCUGGUGGUGCAUUGACAGAUGUGUAAAUGUGGAGGGCUGGCAGCCCAACAUGAUCUUGGACGAUGGAGGAGAUCUUACUCACUGGAUUUAUAAGAAGUAUCCCAACAUGUUUAAGAAAAUCAAGGGCAUAGUAGAGGAGAGUGUUACUGGAGUCCAUAGACUGUACCAGCUCUCCAAAGCCGGGAAGCUGUGUGUUCCAGCCAUGAAUGUCAACGACUCCGUCACCAAACAGAAAUUUGACAACCUCUAUUGCUGCCGCGAGUCAAUUCUUGAUGGACUUAAAAGGACAACAGACAUGAUGUUUGGCGGAAAGCAGGUGGUGGUCUGUGGCUACGGUGAGGUGGGGAAGGGGUGCUGUGCUGCUCUGAAAGCCAUGGGCUCCAUCGUGUAUGUCACGGAGAUCGACCCCAUCUGUGCCUUGCAGGCCUGUAUGGAUGGAUUUCGGCUGGUGAAAUUGAACGAGGUCAUCCGACAAGUGGAUAUUGUUAUUACCUGUACAGGUAACAAGAACGUGGUGACCAGAGAGCACUUGGACCGUAUGAAGAACAGCUGCAUUGUGUGCAAUAUGGGACAUUCCAAUACAGAGAUUGAUGUGGCGAGUCUGAGGACACCAGAGCUGACCUGGGAGCGAGUGAGAUCCCAAGUGGACCAUGUGAUCUGGCCCGAUGGCAAGAGGAUAGUGCUGCUGGCAGAGGGCCGUCUUCUGAACCUAAGCUGCUCCACAGUGCCUACCUUUGUGCUUUCAAUCACCGCUACUACUCAGGCUCUUGCUUUGAUAGAACUUUACAAUGCUCCUGAGGGUCGCUACAAGCAGGAUGUCUACCUGUUGCCUAAGAAAAUGGAUGAGUAUGUGGCAAGCCUACACCUGCCCACCUUUGAUGCCCACCUGACUGAGCUGACAGAUGAACAGGCCAAGUAUCUGGGACUCAACAAGAAUGGGCCAUUCAAACCCAACUACUACAGGUAUUAAGUUCCUGUAACUCCAGCCAGGCGAAGUUUUAAGGAAUCGAACUUGGGAGUCUUUUCUCCACUCCUCUACAGGAAAGAACCCAGCAAGCUGCUUCUUCACUCAGCUGCCUGCCGUGCUCACCCUCUCUGUUAGGUUAUUUAUUUAUUAAACUCUAGAAUCCUGUGCCUGCUGGCCUGGCCCAGAGUGUGGUUACUGCCCUGAGGGCCAGAGAGCCACUAAGAACAGGCCGAGGAAGGAAGAAAUGGGGCGGCCACUCCCCCGCACCACCUGCACCAUCCAUCCCCCAUCACCGAAUCCUCAGCAGCAGUCAGACUGUCUCUUGUCAGGCUCAGGAGUUUAGUCCAGGGAUUCUAGACUCCUUGCUCCCUGGGGUUUCCUGGAAUAGAUUUCCAGCAACUGCCUUUCUCAGCUUUGGCCUGUUUUCAUGUGAGGCCUUCUGGAAGCCACUGAAUUACCCUGGCCUAGGUCCGCAGCCUUGCCCGUCACUACCACUGCCUUCUUUAUCACAUGCUAGAGAAGAAGGAAGGCAAGGGCCCUGGCAAGCUAUGCUGAGAGCCCAGCUCUGCCUUCUUCCUUACCCAAGACUCCCUGCUUCUCCUUGAGGGUGUCCACGUUAAUGUUUUGUGGUUCCAAUAGGACUGCACCUCCGUUAAUUUUCAGCCACUCUGGUGUCUGUCAGACGUUUGUUUUGCCAUUCUUCUAACCCAGCUAGCCUGUGCUUGGGAAUUGGGGGCCAGCCCCUCUGGGGCCCAUAGCUUUAUUUCCUUGUCAUUUCACUGGAUAGUUUCCUGGGAAGCUUUCUCCAGAUUUGCACUCUUUCAGAAAAAAUGAAGGCUUGUGAAACACUGCUUCCUCAUACUUCCUUUGUUGCCGAAAGCUACUUCUGUAACUGAGCAGGGGAAGACGCCCUUUCCAGGGGAGUUAGAGGUGGGGCAGGUCUCUCAGGACCGCAGCUUAGCACCCUAGCGAAGCAGAGCGCAUUCGUGACUGGCUAGGCUCUGCUGAGAUGAUACCGCACACUGUGUCUGGAUGGCCACAGCUAGUUUGAGUAAUUUGAAUCUCAUCAGACAUUUCAUCCUCUUGGUCUUCUACUGAUGAAAGUGAGAUGUGCCCUCUUUGUCACUUUGUUUAUGGUCUUUGCUAAGAUAUAUAUAUAUAUAUAUAUAUAUAUAUAUAUAUAUAUAUAUAUAUAUAUAUACUGGCUCUUUCCAUUUUAGGAUUCUGCAUCUAGAAAGAUAGUUUCCUGAGUAACUCCAACAGUACAAAAAAUAAUAAUAAUAAUGUUUGCACCUGAAAUUUUAUAUGAGCAUUAGAUUUCUUUUGGAGAUUGGCCUGUUGGUUCUGUUGGGGCCAUACUAGUUCCAGGAGUGAAAUCUGGAAUGGCCCUAGGAAUCUUGUAUGAAAUAAGUCUGGUUUUCUUCCCCAUACCAGCCCUCUUUAACACUCUCAGAUUAUAUUAAUUUCCUUUUUUUUUUUUUUUCAUUUUUCUAUGCUGGCUUGCCUCAACAUCUCAAGACUAAAGUGACUCUCGGGUCCCACAGACCACCCAGGAUCACUAUGACCUUUGCAUCUGAUUCAUUUCUUCCCCACUACCUCCACCUCCAAGACUUUUAGUCUAUCUGGAUACCCGUAGAGCUGUCUGUAAGUGGAGUGAGUUAGAUAGACCUUUAGAAAACAGUUACUCGCCUCACUGAACAGUAUAGAGGCUCAGCCGAUUGAGUUGGUUCCUCAGAGGUCUGGGAAAGUGUCACAGGCAAGGCUGUAGGCUUUCAGGAAGAAAAUCACAAUUGCUGAAAAGGCCAGUGGGCCACUCAGUUCUUCGUUCUGCUGACCCAAGAUCUCUGGUCCACCUUCCUCUGUCCUUCCUCCAUUCUUGUCCCACCCCCCAUAUGAGCGCGGCUCCCAGGCCACACACUCCUGCAAAGCUUUUUUUUUUUUUUUUUUUUUUUUUUUUGCUGCUUGGCUUUCUCGGAGCAGACUUGAAAUCGCUGCUCCUGUGGUUUUCCUCAAAAUUCACUUUGUCAUGGUUUUCAAAAAGAAAUCAAAAUGCAUUAUUGCAUUAAGCUUUUUUUUUUUUCCAUAAAGGACAAUUACAGAGAAAAUAGGCAACACCAGCAAAUUAUAUGUGGACAAGUUCUAAACUAUAUAUACAUACAUAUAUUAUAUAUAUAUAAAUAAAUAAAAUAAUCAUCUAGUUCUUUACUGUCACCUUACUGAAAGGAUAUAAAGCCUCUUAAGAAUUUCCAUUUCUGAGAAACUCUUGGAAAUCUAUGUCUGAGUGAUUGUAUUAGAUCAGCAAUAAUGACUAUGUAAUCUCAAAAGAUAAAUAAAAUAUUCUUAAAAUGGA